GUUCGUUUAUCCGUUAAGAAUGAGUGUAUAAUCAUAGACCAAGCUUUCCCCCGUCUCUCAGUGUGACAGAGCAACAAUGCUGACAACUUCAAUCUCUCCUCUUCCCUCCUACACCGUCUCUCCUUCUCCCUCGCUUUCCCCUCCGCCUAAACCCUAUUCGCUUUCCUCUUUUUCUUCUUCUUCUUCUUCAUUCUCGUUUUCUGUUACAGCUUCUUCUCAUCUCGACUCCUUCAAUUUCCACAGGCAAACCCAUUUCAGGAUUAAGUCGAAACCCAAGGGAUUGAAUACCACCUGUUCGAUAAAAGAGCCCUUAAGGGUCAUGAUAUCGGGUGCGCCCGCAUCCGGCAAAGGCACUCAGUGCGAACUAAUAGUUCAGAAGUUUGGAUUGGUGCACAUAUCAACUGGUGAUCUUUUAAGAACUGAAGUUUCUUCUGGAACUGAAAUUGGAAAUAAAGCCAAGGAGUUCAUGAAUGCUGGUCGUCUGGUUCCGGAUGAGAUCGUGACAGCUAUGGUGACAGCAAGGUUAUCUCGUGAAGAUGCAAAAGAAAGAGGGUGGCUUCUAGAUGGGUAUCCUCGGAGUUUUGCCCAAGCACAGAGUCUAGAGAAGUUGAAGAUCAGACCAGAUAUUUAUAUUGUUCUAGAUGUUCCUGAUGAAAUUCUAAUCGACAGAUGUGUUGGUAGAAGGCUAGACCCAAUGACGGGUAAGAUUUAUCAUCUAAAAAAUUACCCUCCAGAGACUGAGGAAAUUAAAGAAAGGCUUGUGACCCGUCCUGAUGAUACAGAAGAAAAGGUCAAGUCACGUCUUGAAUUAUACAAGAGAAACGCAGAAGCAAUCUCAUCCACCUACUCAAACAUAAUGAAUAGGACUGAUGGAAACCGAACAAAAGAGGCAGUUUUUAAAGAAAUAGAAUCUUUGUUGUCUCAAGUACAGAAAGAUGAAAAGAAGCCAAGUGAAUAUGGAAAGCCAAUGCUUGAAAGCAAGAGCAGUUCAAAUCAGGCCUUGUCGAGCCAGGACCAAUGGAGGGGAAUUCCUACUAGACUGAAUAAUAUUCCACAUUCUAAAGAAAUCAGGAACUACUUCUAUGAUGAUGUGCUACAAGCCACUCAAAGGGCUGUAAAUGAUGGAAGAACUCGAUUGAAGGUGGAGAUCAACAUUCCAGAGCUGAACCCAGAAAUGGAUGUUUAUCGAAUAGGUACCUUGAUGGAGCUUGUUAGAGUCAUUGCUCUUUCAUUUGCUGACGAUGGAAAACGAAUCAAGGUUUGUGUUCAAGGUUCUAUGGGGGAAGGUGCACUUGCUGGCAUGCCUUUGCAGCUAGCUGGCACUCGAAAGAUCUUGGAGUUCAUGGAUUGGGGUGAAUAUGGUGCAAUGGGGACUUUUAUUAAUAUUGGUUCUAUUGGUGCCCAAGAUGUUGAAGAACAAGAUGACAUGUUUAUCUUAGUGGCUCCCCAAAAUGCUGUAGGAAAUUGUAUCAUAGAUGAUCUGCGAGCUAUGACUGAUGCUGCUGGGAACCGUCCUGUUAUUCUUAUCAAUCCAAGGCUCAAGGAUUUACCUGCGUCAAGUGGCAUCAUGCAAACGAUGGGUCGGGACAAGAGAUUAGAGUAUGCUGCGUCCUUUGAGAAUUGCUAUUUCUUUCGGCUUCUAUAUUACUUAGGAACUCAGUAUCCAAUCAUGGGAGCUCUUAGGAUGUCAUACCCGUACCGGUAUGAGCUCUAUAAAAGGGUGGAUGAAUCAUUUGGGAAGGAGAAGUACAAUAUUUUGUCUACAUUUCCUGAGAAGCCAAACACUGAUGAAAUUAACGAUGCAUUUAUAGGGAAACCAAGAAAUCAAGCAAAAGCCUCCGGAUUUUGGGGCUUCUUGAGUGGUGUAUUCUAAGUGGAAGGAAGGUGGUACACUGCAAAUGUGAGUAAACUAUACAUUUACAAGUUGUACGUAUUGGCGAGUAUAUAUAUGUAUAUCAGUGUAUAUAUAUACAAGAAGUGUAAAUGGUGCCCCACUAUGUCACAUCAUUGCAUACUUUUGUUUUUCCUCUUAAUAUAGCGUAAAAUUUGAAUAAAUCAUGAGUGUCAAAUGAUGGUGAUAGAAAUUGUAUGAUAACAGGCACUAAACGCAGUAAAUCUUUUAUCUUCAGAGCUGAUUCACAUACAGAUAAAUUCUUAGAAACAGAAUCAAGUAAGAGGACAAAUAGAAGCAAAAUACAGUAUGUGUAUCCUUCCCAUUUUAUUGGAUGCCCCCAAGGGAUGGAUGUUGACU